AUGCGAGCGACUCGAGGUGACGCUUUGGGUGUGCUUCAGUGGCAAAACUCUCCAAGACCGGGCUCCGUCGACUUUAAUAACCUCAAGGCAGCUGAACGUCAGGCAGCCUCAGCCCAAAAGAAUCACAUUCGGGAGAAUAUCCGUCGUGUGCGUUCACUCACAGUGACUAAUGGUCAGCAAAAUCCCAUUAGGCGCGGAAUAGGCCUCCCAGGUACAAAAAUGAAUAUUUUCGAGAGAUACCUCGCUGACUUAGAUAAUGCAGCAGGUCAGCCACAAGAAAUCUCACCGGACGAUCCUACAAACAUUCCAGAGGAUCACAAGGUAUAA